CCCUUGUCUUAGUCGACGAAAUAAUUAGAAUUUAUGCUUAUGAAACAAAAUUACAGUGCAAUGUUUCAAACACUUACCAUUCUUAGAUCUGUCUAAACAGAAAACCAAUACUCGGGUAACCCUGUCCACUAGUUCAAAAGCGAGAGGGGAAUCUUACGCCAGUGCAAACGCCUGUCAUGUCAAAGUUCUCAGCCAAUAGAAAAAGAACAUGGAAGAAACGCGCGGUUUGAUUGGCUGGCAGCACCUCGCUUUGGAGACAUGUGUAAAGGGGCCAGCCCAUCAUUUUUUGGGAUUGAAAUGUAAGCCUGUGCUCCCUGCCAUCAGGAAACAGAAGGCGAAUUUUCCUCUCUUGCAACUAAUCGGUAUCGCAUCCGUCUCGGACGCUUAAUUUUUAUCCACAUCGGCUUCGGUGCAAUAAAGACCAGCUAAACUGGACUCGGAACAGGUCAGAAAGGGACAGCACAGUGAAGUUUCUUUUUUCAUCGGGAGGCUAAACGCAAUGGAGCCAGCCUUUGGGGAGGUGAACCAGCUAGGCGGUGUUUUUGUGAACGGAAGACCUCUACCCAAUGCCAUCCGGCUCAGGAUAGUAGAGCUGGCCCAGCUGGGCAUCAGGCCUUGCGACAUCAGCAGGCAGCUCCGCGUUUCUCACGGCUGUGUGAGCAAGAUUCUGGCUCGGUACAACGAAACCGGCUCGAUACUUCCCGGCGCAAUUGGCGGCAGUAAACCCAGGGUCACGACCCCAACCGUAGUCAAGCACAUUAGGACUUACAAGCAACGGGACCCCGGCAUUUUCGCUUGGGAGAUUCGAGACAGACUGCUUGCGGACGGUGUGUGUGAUAAAUUCAAUCUGCCCUCUGUCAGUUCGAUUAGUAGGAUUCUUCGCAACAAGAUCGGAAAUCUGUCUCAACAGAACCAGUACGAGUCGAGCAAACAGGCCCCUCAUCCUCAGCCUCAACCCACCCUACCUUACAACCACCUGUACUCCUAUCCAACUCCAAUCGCAGCCACUGGGACUAAAGUACCAACUCCGCCUGGCAUGCCCACUCUUCCUGGACACAUGGCAAUGCAUAGGAUAUGGCCUUCCUCUCAUUCUGUUACAGAUAUUCUGGGCAUUCGAUCAAUAACGGAGCAGCAAAUUAGUGACAGUCCGUCCUUUCCCAGCGCCAAACUAGAAGAAUGGAGAGCUAUUAACAGGAGUAAUUUUUCACCAGCGAAUUCUCCACUAGUCAAUGGUGUGGAUAAGCCUCACUUAGAACCUGAAGCAAAAUACACACAGACGCCGAAUGGAUUGCCCACAGUGAACAGUUAUGUCACAGCUCCCAGCAUCCAUCCUUACCACCCUCCCACCCAAGUGUCACCCUACAUGGGGUACAGCGGCACCACGUCGGCCUAUGUGACCGGCCCCACAUGGCAGCCGCCCAGUGGCAGUGCUCUCUCUCCCCACAGCUGUGACAUCACCAGCCCACUGGCCUUCAAGAGCACGGCCGCCACGCGAGACUCCGUCCAUUCGGUCGCCGCCUCCGCCCUGUGA